AUGGCACCCUCCGGGGGUGAUCCGUAUCGAUCGCCGCCGAUUAUACGAAAACGGACGUCAUUCCCGUUGGUGGUGGUGUUUCGGAAACUGCUCGGUAUUCUGGUGACCGUGCUGUUCAUCGUCGUCGUCACCGUGGGCAUCCCUGUCUACCUCAUUCUAGGCAUUAUCGGGUUCGUCAAGAAGAAAUCACGACGAUGGACGUACGAAAGCGGAUGUUGCACACAUCAAUGGCCCCUUUGCGGUACGGUUCCAGAAUUAGCGGGUAUGAUACUGACGGGUAGCGUGGAUUUGGACGCACUUAACGAUGGAAUUCAACGGGUCAUAGCGGAUAGCCGAUCGAAUCUCUAUAAAAAUUCAUCCAGUGAUGUUAGCUCUCAACUAGGAAAAUUAUGGGAUAACAGCAGUUAUCGAUUGACAACGGAUAACGAGUUGUUGGAUCUACAACGGCAGGAAAAUGUGUUACCAACACAUCAAACCACCCUGUCCUUAGUACCUGAGUAUUCACAUACUCUCAAG